CGAUUUUGUGUUGAGUUCCGUGUGACCGCGUGUCUCAGAAGGAUGGCGCAGAACGUCAAUCCGUUCUGCUCGUCGCAGAACACGCCGAACAAAGCCACGGAGGAGAAGCAGAACGUGCCGAAGGACAAUCAUGCAGUCAGCAAACGGUUGCAGAAGGAGCUCAUGGUGCUGAUGAUGAGCACUGAGCACGGAGUAUCAGCCUUUCCUGAGGGAGAAAAUUUAUUCAAAUGGAUUGGGACCAUCACGGGACCAAAAGAUACAGUAUAUGCUGGUCUCACUUACAAACUGACUCUGGAGUUUCCACAUAGUUAUCCAUAUAGCGCUCCAAUAGUUCGCUUUGUCACACCUUGUUUUCAUCCUAACGUUGACCCUGUUGGUAAUAUCUGUUUGGAUAUACUGAAAGACAAGUGGAGUGCAUUGUAUGAUGUGCGCACCAUUUUACUUUCCAUACAGUCUCUUCUUAGUGAACCUAACAACGAUAGCCCGCUUAAUAUUCAAGCAGCGGAACUAUGGAACAACCAGACGAAAUACAAAAAGUAUCUGACAGAAGAAUACAACAGGGCACACAGUCGUAAUUCACAAGAUUCAUGAUGAGCCAUUAUCAUAUAAUCAUUUUGAAUCACUUAAUAUCAUUAUUUCUAUUUCGGGCGGUAAGAUUAUAAUUAAGUGUCAGAUUUAUCGAAAUUUUGUGCACUUUUCUUGCAAAUCAUGAACAUUGCUGAGUAAUUUAAAUCGUAGUUUCAUUUUAUUGGAACAUAACGACAAAAUUCUUCGUUGCGAAUUUUGCAUAUUACAUCGCAUUUAUGUCGCAAAAUUUUUGUAGAAAUUCUUUUCCUGAAAAUCAUGAAUUCACGUGAUCACAUCGAUAUCAAGACUGUGUGCACGUAUUAAUUGACAUACAAUUGACAUACAUCUUUUAAUUGACAUAUAAUCGCACAAGAAGCACACGUUUAUUUAUUUAUCAUGUAGAAAUAUAUGCGUUGGUCCUUUGAUCAUUGGUCAUCAUGUGUUACAUUCGCACUUGAUGUUUCUUUCCAUUUUUACCAUUAUUGUAUAAUUCCAAAAUAAAUAUUUUAAUGAUCA